CAUCAUGAAGAACACACUAAUAUUUUGCUUUUGGGACUAUAUAAUUGUAAGACAGUAAAGUGAAGAAGGGUAGAGUGAAGCAGGGUAACGGCAUUAGGCAGUAUGACCUAUAGGGGCGCAAAAUCGGCUUUGUCGGAAAGUGUUCGGUGGGAUGAAUUGUCUUUAUUUACUUCUACACCCAACUAAAUCAUACUGCUGCCGUAUAUAUUUGCAGUUGCUAGACUAAGUACCAGUCGACCAUUUUCCAUUUGCAAAUGUAUUUUCAAUUUCAAAUUGUUUAGUUGUUACUUUUACCAUGUUAUAUUCAUCGUCACAACAGCAGAGCGAUGUGGUUGGUUGAACGUCCCAUGCGUGUUGUGAGACGCGACGCAAUCAAAGACUGAUCUUCCGGUAUCAACACUUGAUCAGAUGGAAGAGUGUACAGGAGGUUGUUAUUUGACAGAUUUUGCAAGCUGGGCGCACGGAACAUGCGGCAGUAGCUAGCAGUGGUUGUGCACAAGGUCCAGCAGGAAAAUGAAUGUUGUCUCAGCAAAAAAGAAGCCACUCAAUGCUACUGGGAUCAAAGACUGCCCUGCCCGUGUCUACACUGAGGCCACUGCUGGCUGCAGCCUUCCUCACGGUAUCCGAAUUAAAGUAGAACCAAGUCACGAUGAGACGCAGACAAUCAAAGAAGAGGUGACAUCUGCAGAGCCCUGUCCCUCGAAAGCCGUCUCUCCCUCGAAAGCCGUCUCUCCCUCGGAAGUCAUCUCUCCCAAGCUGGAGCCGGACUGUGAGGGGGUGAGUUCGUGGGCUGUGAUAAUAAAAACAGAACCAGAAUCCGACUUCGAGAUCCCGCAGCCAGGAGAGGCAGAUCUCAAGCCUGUUAAGAGAGAAGAUGAAGGGGAUCAAGACGUCAAGCUGGAGGCACCGGAGGAUGGUGCGUCAUUGGCUACAGAUGGCCAAAUCAAGUGUGGCAGACCACUAUCCUCUCCAGAAGCGCACGCAACACCCCCUCGGAAAAGGCCAAACUCCAGCGUCCCUCCCGACGUGAGGAAGGACGGCAUUGAUCAUUUCCCCACGUGGGGAACUCGACAGAGAUGCAAGUACUGCACAGGCAAUCACUUCUCACACGUCUACUGUGGGAAAUGCAAAGUCCAUCUUUGCCUGAACAAGGACAGAAACUGUUUCAUUGCCUACCACAAGGCCAAAUAAAAAGCUUGUAUAAAGGUUCGAGUUUAGAAAAAAAGAAACUAAGCCCAAUUUAAUUACAAGUUACUAAAAUAAAAGUUGUUAUCAAUAAAUUGCCAUAAAGACCCGAUGAAUCAAAUAUAUCAUAUAUGGAAAUGAUUACGAUCUUUUAGUUUUUUUUGUAUUUUGUAAAAAAUUAAAUAAAAAAAAGGUCUAAUAAACACACACAAAAAAAAUAUUUUCUGCCUGUUAUUUGAUGUGUCAGGACUCACAGGGUUAAGACAUGGUGAACACAUAUGCCCAUUGAAAGGCUAGCCUACGCAUCAGUCUAUCCUGUUUUAGGUGCCAUUUUAACAUUCCAUUAUCAUUCCUCAGAGUACAGCAUGACUUGUUGCACUCCUAAACGUAAUAAAGGUUCAGCCCCAUUCCGUUUAGUGCAACAUUUUAUGGAUUUUUCUCUACAUCACUUUGACUAUGUCUCAACCAGGGUCCAUGGCCUAAACACUAGAGGUGUUGCGACACACUGCCGUCUGAGUGUUUAUAAAAACUAUUUGUAAAAACUGAUUUGCAGCAAAUAAUUAAUGGCCCACUGCUAUCAGGCAUUUCCCCAAAGUCACUAAAAACAUUCGCCGUUAAACCACCCUUCAAAAAGAGAACUCUGGAUGCCUUUGUGUUAAACAACUAUAGAUGUGUGUCCUCCUCGAUUGUUUUCAAUCAACUCAACAAUUUUUUUUUUAACUCAAGCGUCAUUUUGACGAAUUUUGAUCAGGCUUCCAUCCUCACCAAAGUGACCGCACUUAUAAAAGUGUUAAAUGAUAAACGCCUGAAUACUGAUUCAGGUAAAAUACCAGUUCUGGUUUUACUAGAUCUCAGUGCUGCAUUUAACUCUGUAGACCAUAGAAUACUGCUGGAGAGGUGGGGAAAUUGGGUAGGACUUUCCGGAGCUGUCCUUCA